AUGCAGACGGUACUUAGAGUUCCUGAGAUCCUGUAUCUCUUUUUGUGUAGGUGGUUUAUGUAAUGGCGGGUGGUGCUAAGGAGGUGAUUGAGAGGGUACCAACAACGAGGGAGGGAAAGGCCAAAGAACAAACAGGCUGACAGCUCAUAGCAAAUGGUGAAAGGUCUGCACAUCAGUUUAGAUGCUCUUUCUGUUCCAGUGGAUCACUCAAGCUCUUCCCACUGAGACUGACAGCAUAAGCAGGCAUAAUGAGCUACCAUGGGCUGGUAGCUACAUCCAUGGUACCACAACCCAUCAGGUUGUGCUAGUGGUUUAAAGUUGUGUCUAUGUAGAAAACAGCAUGACUGGGGCUCCACUCAUGUGAUUGAUGAUGUGUGUCCCUACUCCCACCCCACCAUUAUUUCCCCUCUGCCCUAGCUGCCACUAGCUUGUUCACGAUCAACAAUGCCACAGGAGUCAUUACUGUGAGCGGCCACCUGGACCGAGAGGGCAUUCCAGGUGAAGAGGUGCAGCUGCAGGUUGUGGUGAGUAGCAGGCAGUUGUGGGAAGUGGUAGAUCUUUCUGCCCCCCCCCCCCCGUCCAAGGCCUCAGUUUCUCUCUCUUUCUCUCUCUUGCUUCAUUUCUCAGGCUCGGGAACGAAACCUCAACAUUUACCAGCAGGUGGCGCAAGUGAACACCACUGUGACCAUCCAGGUCACUGACAUAAAUGACAACAAGCCUCAGUUCUAUCUGUGCGAGGACUACGCAACCUGUGACUUCACAGGCCCUCCAGAGGGUGACUUUUUCGGUGAGAUUGAGGAACACGCUUCUGCCAGAACACCUGUGGCUGGCCUCAGUAUUGUGGCCUAUGAUCCUGACAAGGUGAGCAGGGGAGGAGAGUCUGUGAGGCUUCGUGUGGGUGGGAUGCAAAGCUCAAAGGACAAGGGAUACCAGGGAUGAUUGAUGCCAAUGCUAUCCUGGGAUGCUGCUCCCCUUUUUGCCUAUAACUAUCAUUUUAGUGUUGGGCCAUUCAAACCAUGCAGUGGGAAGGUGGCUCCUUAUGAUUUUUGGCAAGCAUCUGCAUCGCUAUAGAAGGAAAACAGGUGAAGAUGGAGUAUAACUCAAAACAUAAGCCAAAGGUCAAUCUAAAAUGUCUCAUCCCAUAUUGUAAGAUGUUAAAUGUAUAUUCAGUAGUGCAGUGUUUUUCAACCUUUUUUGGGCAAAGGCACACUUGUUUCAUGAAAAAAAUCAUGAGGCACACCACCAUUAGAAAAUGUUAAAAAAAUUAACUCUGUGCCUAUAUUGACUAUAUAUAAAGUAAUUCUCUUGAAUAGGAAUCAAAUAAACACAAAGAAAAUAUUUUAUAAUUACUUUAUUAUGAAAUAGUAAGUAAACAGAAAUAUGAAAAAUUAUAAAAUACUUUAUUCAGUGCGCAACCUGGGCCUGUUUGGCUGAACACAAAGCUGAUAUUCUGGCUGGAAUUGAAGAAAGACACACACGUAGCUCUUCGUCAACAGCUCUCAGUCUCUCUCUGUAUUUAGUUUUUAUAGCAAUCAUGCUUGAAAAGCUCAUCUCACACAGAUAUGUAGUGGAAAAUGGGAGCAAUGUCAAAAUAGCUUUGUUUGCCAGAAGGGGGAACUCCUUGGCAGUAUCCAACCAAAAACUGUCCAAAGGUAGAUCACCAAAUCUUAGCUUGAAACCACGAUUUUGUCUCAGUUCAGUUAGUUCCUCCUGCUCCUGUAAAGUCAUGUCCUUUCCACCAACUGAUGCUGAGCUAUAAGGGUCCCUAACCCAGUCAAGGCAUUCAGUGGAGACUGAAGAGAAAUAAAAUGACAACUUCUCUGGUCCUCCUGGUGACUCAAGUCGCGACGUCUUCUUCUCUCCGCUGCUGCGCACACUGUGCUCGGGCGGGAAGGAAGUCAGAAGAUGAUGUCCUACUGUGAUAGGUCCAGGCUGGAGUCUGGACCAAUCACAGCCCGGACAUCAGAAAAGUGGAGGGUGUCCCCCUAAGGAGUGCCAAUCGGCGCCCCUGCUGGCCGGGGGUGGGGUCAAAAUCCCCAUAUCCAGGACACAGUCUGGCGCCCGCCUAGUGGGCGAAAAUUUGAAUUUUUUUUUUUUUUUAAAUCUUUCAAAUUUUUCAAUUUUUCCCACGGCACACCCGGCAACAUCUUGCGGCACACUAGUGUGCCGCAGAACAGUGGUUAAAAAACACUGCAGUAGUGUGCCACAGUCGGUCCAAGACCAUUUGUAAUGUUUUUCAAUAUGAAAUUUAUAUUUAGAAUAUACUAUGUCAACAACUGUAGUAUUCUAGCUGCUGGAAAAUUCAAGGGUAGGUGGUCCUAACACAGUUCUGUAGCUGCUAUCUCCUAUUUCUAGUCUAGGGCAAAAGACUGUAAUAUAACAUUGUAUGUGCCUCCGUGUGUGUAUGUGUGUAGCAUACGUGUAGCCAGUAUGUACAUUAAUAAUAAUUAUUAUUAUUUGUGUGUGGUCUGUGUGGGUGCAUGAGAGUGUGAGUGGGGAUAGGGGGAUGACGGAUGGUUACUUUUGCUUUGGCCAUGCUGAGCACUGGGAGGCUGGCCUGUUUGAUUAUCCAAGCUCCCUGACUUCUUCCCUGAAUAGGGCUCCAAUGGCACCUUCCAGCUGUCCCUGCGGGGUCCAGAUGCGUUUGCAUUUUCAGUCUCACCCCGGAAAAUCGUGAAUGAAGGCACCGUUCAGGUCCUUGUAAACAAUUCAAGUCUUGUGGACUACGAAAAGACACCUGCUAUGACUGUGGAGGUGAGUGAAACAAGGGUCAGGGAGAGAGUCCCAUUCCCUUCCUGCCAAGAACUGGGAUCUUAACUCAGCCGUUUGUUCGCUAAAAGUAAGUGAAUCUCCUUCUAGGCCAUUUCAGUGUAGAAGUGAGGAUUAUGAUCAGACACCCCAGAAGGUAGCUUUAAAAGGACUUCAUUCUGCUGUCUGCUGAGAGCCUGAAGCCAUCAGGCUGUGUGGGAACUGUGUGGUUAGCACUGUGUGACUGACCAUCUUCUUGUAGAAUCAAAGCAUCCCCACCAGCUCUGGAUUCUCAUCAAGUAUGAGCAUCCUAUUAUACCUGGCUGGCUGCCAAGGAAAUAGGCCCACGAUGUAGACAGUCUUUGAAGCCCAGAAGACCCUGUUUAGUUCCUUCCCACAAAAGGCGGCAGCAUGGAGUUUAGUAAGAGUCACUCUGAAGCCACUUCUGCCCCCAUGACCAUGACCAUGCUUGGGCUGAGGUUUACUUGGCUCCUUCUAAUCCUGGCAGAUUGUAGCAAAUGACACUGGAAGGGACACCGAUUGCUGCUCCUUUGCUAUGGUCACCAUCAAUCUCACGGAUAUCAAUGACCACAGACCUGAGUUCAACCAGAGCGAGUACAAACUUUACGUACUGGAGGAGAGUCCACCUGGCACCGUUGUCUCCUCUAACAUCACGGUAAGCAAGUUCCGCAGCUGCCUUGGGACCAGGAGGUGGGGGCAGAGAACUCUCUGUCUGUGUCAUCAGAAGGACCUAUUUUCUGUGAUGUGGCCAGGUGCUUCAUGGCUAUGCUGAGAAGCAGGCAUCUUGGGCUUCCUCCACAUCCCCAAUGGGGAAGUCAAUUAAAAAUAACAGUCAAUUUGAUCCUUCUGCUUUCUGCAGGCUACUGAUCCAGACAGUGGAAAGUAUGGAGAGAUCACCUACUAUCUGCUUCCUCAGAGCAUGUAUGUACAUGGGAUUGCUACAGAAACGGGGGGAGGAACAAGGAGAGCAUUGUGGUGUAGGCCUACUUUUGCUGGGAGAGAACUAGAAUAUCUCAAAACUAAGGAUGUGUCUUUUCUCUGUUAUGCAGCCAUUCCACGUUCACAGUGAAUGCAACAAGUGGGGCAGUGCUAGUGGAGAAUGGCUCUAAUCUGGAUUGGGGAAAGCGUGCUGUCUAUUAUGCCACCUUGCAGGCAGUGGAUGGGGGAGGUCUGUCUGGAUCCACACAGUUGGAGAUCACAGUAGUUGACAUCAACAACAACCCUCCAGUUGUGGUGGGCUCCUACAAUGUCUUUGUCACGGAGGGCCAAGAAACCCGUGUCCAGAUCCAGGUAAUUUCAAGGCAACAUUUCCUCCUUUAUUGGACCUGAGCAUUGGGCCUCUUUCCAAAUUAGGCUGCUGUGCACUUUAAAGAAGUAGCCCUGGCAUGAUUUACUCAUGGGACAACAGGUAAUUACUUACUCCUAGUACAUGCACCUGAAAGUUUAUGUGGCAGGAGACACCUUCACACUUAGGGCUCACCCACACUUCCCAUUUGGCCGAAGCAAGCAGGAUCUUACUUCUUCUCAUUGUUGGCUGAAAAUUCCCUCAACUCACUUCCCAGGCCACCGACCAGGACGAUCCAGAGACCAAUAAUAGCCGCUUGCAGUUUGAGAUUGUGCCUGGCGAAUUCAGCAGCAACUUCACUAUCGACCCGAACACAGGAGUGCUGAGCAGUGAAGGGCCCUUGGACCGAGAAGCCAUCCCUGCAGAGCUGGAGGGCAAGAUAGUGGUGACAGUCCUUGUGCAUGACUUGGGCAUCCCUCAGUUGAACGACACAGUGAACGUCACCUUCAUCGUGGAGGUAAUGGUGCACCCUGUCAGGGCUCUGGAAAAAGGAGACUAAUGCAUAAAGAGGCACCUUAGGCCCUGCUCAAGUAAGCUGAGCCAGGUUCCAGAGGGUCUGUAGGUGAUGGAAACAGGCACCCUAAGAGUGUGUGUUUUGUGGCAGAUGGCUAACCCAUGGUACUGGGGUCUCAGAAACUGUGUCAUCCCUGCUCUGUCAUUGCUGCGAGGAUGCCCUCUAUUAUCUUGAGUACAGAUGAAGCUGCCUUAGACUGAAUCAAAUUAUUGGUCCAUUGAGCUCUGUGUGGUCUACACUGACUGGCAGCAGCUCUCCAGGGAUUCAAGCAGGGUCCUCUCUCUCAACACUCCUUGGAGAUGCCGGGGAAUUGAACCUGAGACCUUCUGCAUGCAAGGCAGAUAAUCUACCACUGAGCUAUAGCCCUUCCCCUAAGUGGAUGCUUGGAUGUGGAAUUGCCCCAUUACCAGUUUCCCCCUUUUCUCUUUAGGACAUAAACGACAACGCACCCAGAUUCAACAGCUCCUUUUAUGAAUUUUCCGUUCCAGAGGGCUUGAAAGGUACGGUGAGCCAGUGAUCUUUAGUCCAGUGUGGAAAGGAACUAGAAUUAACCUGGGACAACAAUAUGAUGCAACAAGAGAGUCUGGCAACAGUGGCGGACCUUGGGGUCUCAAAUUCCAGCAGCCCCCAAUGCAAUGCCAAAAUUUGGUGCCCUCCCUUCCAUUCUACAACAUAGUUGUGGUGCCCCCUGAGGCACUCCGAGGCUCUGCACUCAGUGCGCCCAAACCUGUCGCUCUCCCCUGAAUCUGCCUCUGUUGACAAAAAUAGUAUGCACAACAAAUAGGGGGACCCAACUUAUAUCUAAAAAAUACCUGCAUUGUACUAAUAGGUUUUCGACCAUAUACGAAAACAUUAUCUGUUUUGGCAAGCAGUCUUUUUCAAGUUCUUACAGAUAAAUGCUAACUUCUGGUUCCUUUGGCAGAAUGGGAUUUCCUUAGGAAAUUAUAAAUUAUCAUUUAUCUGUAGAAAUUUGAAAAACCAACCAACCAACCCCUGCUUGCUAAAACAGAUGUUUUACCAGUGAUCUGUAGUAUUUAUUGCAUUGAUUAGCAGUGGGGAACAGGAAGAUGUGGCAAGGCAUUAAACAGGAAGCAUAUAAUGGCUUUUCCUAGUUAGGAGGUGUUGCUUUUCAUGAGCAUUAGAAGUGUAGAGGUUGCAUUGCUUUUUAAGAUCUGUGGGGCUGUGGCAAUGUGGUGAAAAUGUUGUUAUUCUUUCUAACUAACCUUCCAUCUCCAGGUGUCUUUGUGGGGAGUGUGGAGGCUACCGAUGCUGAUCAAACAGUGAUAAACAACCGUAUCUCAUUCUACAUUGUAAGCAGCGCAGGUUCAAAUAACUUUAUGGUGCGUUCAAAUCACCUUGGCUCUGGCUGGUACCAGGGGAUUUUGAAUCUGGACUCCGAUGUUGCUCUUGACUACGAUCGGCUGCAGCAGAAGUUCUUCAAUCUGACUGUGCAGGCGGAAAAUUCAGACUUUGGGGGGACCGUGGAAGCUGUCACUGCUGUGGUGAGGGUGAACGUGCUGGAUGUCAACGACGAGUCCCCAACCAUUGAGCCAUCUCCACCACGAGACAUUGAAGUUUUGGAGAACGUCACCCUGCAUGAGUUAGUUGUCACGCUAAAUGCCACCGACAUGGACACCAACCACUCGCUGGUAUUCCAGGAGUUAGCUGUAGCCUGCUUCAAUCGUUCAGUCAAUGUGGGCAACGUGUGCCGGGAGUGGUUCCUUCUGGAGCCCAAUGGCUCAAUUUUUGUGAAUAGUUCGGAGAUAGACUAUGAGGCCUGUGACCUGGUGGAGCUCACAUUGCGUGUUAAGGAUGAGUUCACUGAGAAGGGAGACCCCUUCAGUGGAAAUGGUAAGACAUUAGGAUGAAGACUUGGUUCUGCAUCCCCUCCGAAUCUUGAGCUUUACAGCUUCCUUCCUUUUCUCCAUCAGUCCUACUUUCUCUUUGUGGCUAGGAUGUAGCAUUAGGUCCUAGCUGGAGAUGCUUAGGGAGCCAUGCUUGUUGGGUAAUGGAAAUACUAUAUGCUCCAGUCCCAGCCUCCCCUCAGAGGCAGUGUGCAUUGUAUAUAGAAAAGCUCCUGAAGGAAAUGAGUCAGUGAAAUAGAAAGUUGGUACCUGGGCAAACUUUCCAGAGUCUCAUCUACCUUGUUGCACAGUUGACUUUAAAAAACAUGUUGUCAUUGCAUGAGGAAACAGCUAAGUGUGAUGGUGGCACAACAACUCAACCUGUGUUCUGCUGGGUUUUUUAAAAUAAAGCACAGGGUCCUAGACUGGGGAGAUUAUGGAGGGGGAGGGGCUGAAUUUCCACCACCUGCACUUCUCCUCCUCCCAACCCCAAAUAAUCUUUUAUCUGCAGCCAUUUUUCUCCCAGCAGGGGUUACUCGUGGUUCAGGAGGCCCACUGGGAGAAAUAUGGCUACAGAGAACCUGUUUUAGAGGGGAAAGCAUGGGUGAAAUGAUCCCAUUCACAUUUUCUGUCCCCGCAAGCUAUCUCUUUAAGUAUCUGCCCUGAUCCCCAUUCUUUUAGAUGGAUUUAGUGACAAAGUGGUUGAACACUAGGUUCUGUCAAUGAAACGACUUAAUUGCCAUAAGCUUAUUUUCUUAUCUCUGUGGUUCUGCUGCUAUUGCAUCUACUUUGGAUCUACUUUGUGGGAGGAAUGUCAUCGCUAAUCUGGUCCCAGCAUCUUCACAGCUGGAGGUUCCUUAGCACUGUAGAAUGGUGGCAACAGAACAGUGAACUAAUUUAGUAAGCUAUGUGAAUGGGCUGUUUGUUGAAGGACUUGAGAGACAAACCUUGAUAGGUGAUGCAGUAUUGUGUUCCUCACUGGGAGCAGGGUGGAGUCUGCAGAGCCACUUCAGUCAGUAACUAGUGCCUCCUCUGUUGUGCCUUUUCUUCUUCCUGCAGAGACCCUGAGAAUCUUAAUCACUGAUGUGAAUGACAACCCACCGGAGUUUGAAGAAAGCACCACCACCUUUGGUGAGAGCAAUAUAUGCAAGAGAAAUGUGCUGCUACUGCCCCCUAAUGGAUAGAUGGGUAGAUGGUGGUGUAUGAGAGACUGCAUCAAAGAUUCUCCUCCAGCUUUGUCCUCUUUUGAUAGAAAUUCCUCUUGCCUGCUCUUUGGGGCUGAAAUAAUUGGAGUCCCCCCUUUAAUGAAUUAAAAGCAAUCGUAGCUCUCAGAAAGCUCCUCCUUCCAUGGGAAGGGUAUCCUUUCCUCCUCCAGUAGUGUCAAAUAACCCAUCUUCCCCUGUCAAUUGUUAAGGGAGGAGCAGCUGGUUGCCUUCCUGUCUAACAUUAGCCAGGACAAAGGAGGCUGGAGCUAGAAGUGAGAGCAAGCUCUUAGAAAAGACCUCUGUCCAGCAUGCCCUGCUCUUUGGCACCCAUUCUUUGAUCUGUAUCUGGUGUUUUGUUGCAGUGAUAAUCCCAGAAGUCUCUUCUGUGAACCUGCAGGUGGCUGUGGUCAAGGUGAGAGAAUGAAAUGUUGGGGCACAUGUGUGUAUGGGCGUGUACUCAUUUGGGUACACAGUGCUAUGUAUACUGUGGUCUGUAUUUGCCUGAGCUUGAGUCUGGACUAAGGAUUCUGAGCUCCUGUGUUCCGAUUCAAUACAUUAUGUCCAAUCACAGAACAUUUCAGGAUUUGGGCCUCUGCCAUUGGCCCUUGAACUCUGACUCGUGAUUCGCAGCUUGAAAGUUUAGACAGCCAGUCAUGUUGGGAGUGGGAGUGGCCCAGGGUUUCAGGAAUGUAUAUAAGCAGUUGCUUUGCACCUGUUUCCCAGUUAUGUAGUUCAAUAAAGGUUCUCACUGUUAUCACUGUGUCUUGCCUCGUGGGAACCUACCUACACUUCACACAGCUCCUUCCUUGUGAUGGGAACUGGCUCCUAGUUCCCACAGGCUAUGCGAUGUGGGGUAGUUCAAAGCAGCAGCAACAAUAGUGUCCUCCUCCUCCUCCUUCCAGGCUAAAGACGCUGAUUCGGGUGUGAACAGAGUGAUUUCAUUUGCCAUCUCCAGGGUACUUUUCAUCCCAGACAAUGGACCUGAGCAGAUCCGUGAAAAUCUUUUCAAAGUGGAGACAACAGCAGAGAAGGACCUCUACAUUGGGAGCAUCCAGUAAUUGAUGGGGUUUUGUUGUCUGGGAGAUUUGUGGAGACCACAGGGGUUGCCACUGUAUUGACAGGGAGAGGAAAUCCAGGAAGAAUGGAAGCCAAGAGGAAUGUGUACCAUGCCAGUCAUUUGAUCUUGGGGAAAUUCUGAUAAUAGCUUGAGCAUGACCAACGCAGCUAUACUCCUGCAUCCUAUCUAGAAAGAGAGUGUUGCUUCUCAGCACAGACAGUGAUAGCAAAAUAGGUAGCUUAAAUGUUAACACUAGCUUCUCACUUUCUCCUGUUCGGGGUCUAAUACUUCACUAUAAAUUCCAGUUUAGUACAUGUUUUAUCUGGUCUCCCUGUGAUCUGUCCCCAAGCUUGGAGCAGUGUCCUAAGGGCCACAUGCACAGACAGGGCAUUGUGGAACUAGGGGCUGGUCUGUCCCUGUACAGACUCUGGGAUCAGGAACUCUCAGUCCCUCUGAUAUCAAUUUCUUUGUUUCUGCAGAGUUGCCAGCAGCCUUGACAGUUCAUUGAAGGGUCAGUAUCGGGUGACAGUGGAAGCCAAGGACCACGGGAACCCUCCACUGUAUUCCUCAGUAUCACUGGACGUAAGACAGCUUUCUGAUCUACCCAGAUUCCUUUCGCAAUGCAGACAUUCACCAUGACUUUCUUCUGAGAACAUUUGCCUCUCUCUUUCUCCAGAUCUACACCGUUGAUCAGAGCUACCGUGUCCGGCUGGUGUUUGAUUCCUCCUUGCAGGAAGUGCAGUCUAAUUUGGAUGAAAUCAAUGUGUAUGGCAUUUUUCCCUUCCCUUCAGUGGGUUGAUCCAGGGACAUAUCUAUUGUAUUGCAAUUUGAAUUCCAUGGAAAAUACAACAUAAGGAAAGAAGCACUGCAAAUAUAAUUAAAAACUGAGGGCUUUGUGUGCACUAACAAUUCCUAUUCCGCUAAUGUUUUCAUAUCUAAAGCCGGAUUCUGAAACUUACUGGCAACAUUACUAUCUCAUGCCCCAGGGUGCAGGGCAAGCCAUGCAGCACAGAGGAGCCGACCCCUGAACAUGAAGUUAAAGAGACACUUAGAGACACUCAUUUUCUGUGCUUUUUCCAGGGCUCUGAGUAUAGCUACCCAAGCAACUGUCUAUGUAGCAAACAUCAGGUCCAUCGAGGAUUCCGGGAGCUCCAGAUCUGACAGGUGACUGGGACAGAACAAGAUGAAAGGAAAUGAGUGAAGCUAAAGGGAAGACAGUAGUGCCUGAGAAGCAUGAACAAAGGGGGAAGUACUUGUGAUGCUUGCAUCUAUGGCUGGCCACAGGCAUAGGAAGUAUGCUGGUAGGAAGUAUGUUUGAAUGUCUGUAGAGUAAAUGGAGAGGGGUAAAGAAUAUUUGCGGAUUCAUGUCCUCCUUGAGGUUGCAUGUAACCAGUGUGACAUGAUGCUGUUGACUCUGUAGUGCUGAUUCAUCAGGGGUUGGCUGUGUUUGCAAAGCCAGUCAGGUUACCCAAUAAUUCCCUGGGGGUUGGCUCUUUGAUCAGUAAAAGGUCUAGGAAGAGGCUUCUGGCAAUACCCCUUUCCCAUCCCCAUACAUGUCCCUCUAACACAUCACCAUCUCAACUCCUCUAGGGCUGUGGUGAAGACAGCAAUGGAGGCCUAUUUCGUCUAUAGCAAUGGCACAGCUCUGAUGCCCGGAGAAGUACGCACGUAAGUGAUGCAUCACGGUGGAGAUGGGCUGGGCUGGGCUGAGAAGCCCAGGCAAAGGUCAGUGUGGUCUUCCCCAACCUGGUGCUCUCCAGAUUAAAGCAUUGUAGUCUAAAACAUAUCCCAUCAUCCCUGACCAUUGGCCAGAGUAGCUGGGGCUGAUGGGAGUUGAAGUCCAAAAUAUCUGGAGAGUGCCAGGUUAGGGAAGGCUGAGCUUAAGAGCAUGGGUAGGAGGAAAGAGGGGAGCAUCAGAAAGGGGAAAUGUGCAUCUGCUCUGGCAGAAGUUUGCAUGGCAAGGAAGUGUUUGAAUUAUGAGGGGAAAGGUAAGGAUGGCUGAUCCCCUCUGACUUAAACCCAGUUUGAAUGAAAUCAUAGCCCUCCCAGUAUUUAAGAGGCCAGGCUCCCUCUUCCCCCCACUCCCAGUAAUUUGAAUCGUGGGGAAAGUUUCCCCUUGGGAUGUAGUGAUGGCCACCAAUUUGGAUGGCUUUAAAGAAGCACUAGCCAAAUUCAUGGAGGUUAAGGCUAUCAGUGGCUACUAGCCACUCCAAUGGCUGUGUUCCAUCUCCACUGUCAGAUGCAACAGACCUCUUUAUACCAGUUGCUAGGAAUCCCAAGUGGGCAGGAGAGUCCUGUUGAACUCAUUGUCAUUCUCCUGCUUGUGGGUUUCUUAUGAGCAUCUGGUUGACCCCUGUGAGAACAGGAUGCUGGACUAAAUGGGCCUUUGGCCUGAUCCAGCAGGGCUUCUUAUAUCCCAAGGAACACUUCAUGGACACCUUUCUGUCUUCUUUCCAGACUCAUCCAGAGGAACCCUGGGGAACUCUCUCGGUUGCUCAAGCUUGGCCUAUCCAUCAUUGUGAGUGCACAUUUCCUGCUCAUACUCCCAAACACUGAGGAGCAGCUCUAGGGUCUCUUUGAAGUAAGGCGGCAGUGGUGGGAUUUGUCAAAGCUCAAAUAGGAGAGCUCUGUCGGAAUGGGUGCAUCGGAGGCUUGGUGUGUGCCCCUGGCAAGACAGCAAGCUCUACCUUGCCAGGGCAAGUGAGAUGGCCAUGGGAGAGAUUGUGUGGCUGGAGCCAAUGCUGGUGGAGAAACGGGCACCCUGGCAGAAUGGCAUGCUGGAAACCAAUCUUGCACCACAGCUGGGACUGGCAUAGAGAGAGGCUGUGUGCACUGAGGCUGUAGCCAGGGCAUAACUGAAACAUUAUGUUGUAGACACGGGCGCUUGCUGAGCCAGUGUAGUAAUACUCUUGUGUAUCCCAGGGCCCUGUGGAAGUGACGCAGUCCAACCAGGAGAAUGAGCUGUUCGCUGUCAUUGCAGGGCUGGCUGUGGCUGCGCUUGUUAUCCUCAUCGUCAUGAUCCUGAUAAUCAUAGGCAUGAGGAAAAGGUACAAAAGUGCCCUUCCCCUUAUUAUGGCAGGUAUACGAACGUACUUGCUGCAGCUGGUUCAACGCUGUCUCUAUUUGUUUCUGCACACUCAACAAAAAAGGGGCUGGUGUAUUAUUAAGGGCUUUUUUGAGGGGGGGUGGACAGGUUUGUUGCUGUUACUGCUUUUUUUUUGUCUAUUUCAUGUUAUGAUUUGUGUGGAAAUGGUUUGCUUUUUGAUUGUUUGAUGUGUUUGUUAUGUAAUUAUGUAUUUUUUCAUGUUGUAAGCCACUCGAGCAUGGUUUUAAAUGUGGAAAGGCGGCAUACAAAUGAAAUUCUAUAUGUAUGUACACAUGCUGCACUGCAUCAGCACCUUCCCAAAAGCCAGCAUAGCCUGCAUCCCUCACGUGGUUCCACCAUUCUGCUAUUCCACAUGCUUGGUUUUGUGGCAUUCUCGUGGUAGGGCAGCAUGUUCCCUGGCCUGACCAAUAGCCAUGAUGGCUAAGUACUACUUGCAGAGGGAGAGUACCUCUGAAUACUAGCUGUUGGAGAUCAUGUGUGGUGGGAGUGUUGGCCAUGCCCUACUUGAGGGCUUCCCAUGGGCAUCUGGUUGCCUAUGGUGGGAACAGGAUGCUGGGCUCAAUUGGCCUUUCGUCUUCUCCAGCAGGGCUCUUCUCAGGUUGUUCACUCUUCUUUCUCAUUUCUUUUUGCAGUUAUGUGAGGAAGCUGAGGGCCUUAAAAGCCCUGAAGGUGGCUUCAAAGUUCUCACCUGGUGAUGUGGUACAGGGGCCUGCUAUCCCUGGGACCAACAGAUACAACACAGAAGGGUAUGCUUUUGGGGUGGGGCAAGGUUUGCCCUAGUAAAAGGGGUGUAUCCUGGAUUGACCCAUGGAGGGGCAAAAUCAGGAAGAAACGUAAGCGUGUGCCUGCCUCCUAGUAGAUCCCAUGCCCUUUAGUUAUUCAAAUUUGUGUUGUUAAACUCCAUGUGCUGAACUGGUCCUGUACUGAAUUUGCAAUGACAGAAGUAUGUCCAAAAUCUCCAGACAAAUUCAGAAAAGUAUUGAUCUGUGGCUAUACAGUGGAAAGGAUUAGAUUUGAUGCCCAGGGGGAUAUCCAUAUUUUUAGCCAGUUACUAGUGAAUUUCCUUCUUAGAAAUGUCAAACUCUGCUGUACAUGGGUAAGCAAAAUUAAGGCGGAAGCUGUUAGUAGCCUUGACUAUAGGCGAUACACAUUUUGUGCAACACCACAAGGCUAUUGCUGCACUGUGUGCAUCACACUGAUAAUUGUUAUCAAUUAUGCAUUGCAUGUGAUUUUGUUGCCUGUCUGGCACUCUGUGCUGUCUAGUCAGCUGAAUGAUAAGAUUCUGGUGGGCUGAAUUUGUAGCGAUUAAGAAACUCACCACUGGACUAUUCUUCUUCAGGGCUAACCCCGUGCUUGGUUUCUCCUUGUACCCCUCCCUGUACCUGGAGGAAAACGCCAGCUCUGAAGUGGCCAGGUAUGCCUACGAAUCCUGUCUUUCAGUCUCAACUCCUGUGUAUGAACCAGGUCAUGAUUGAAUGAAUGAAACUGACUUGCCCUCCAAAGCCCCUCUUUCAUGCAUUGCCCCAAAGGUCACAUUUGCCAUGGGGCUGCUGCCAAAGAACUGAGUUGGCCACACACCCAUUGUAAUGUUUAGAAUGACUAGCCACGUAAGGCAGGGCCACCACUUUGCGAGCCCGUUCCCCUCACUUCACAUCCCUGGCUCCCGCUGGUGGGGGCAUGGAGACUGGCAGCUAGGGGUGACAAAGAGCUCCCUAAUCAGCCCAUGCUGCUUUCCCUUUACAGCCUGAACUCGCUGGAUGAGAACAUGGUUGAUGCUUCAGAGGUUGCUCCAGCUGUUUACAAAAGGGUGAGGACCCUCAGACCUGUCACUGCCCCACAGGACAUUCUCCAAGCCAAAGCAUGUUCCUGACAUUUGAUGAUGACGAUGACAUACCUUUCAACUUUUUAUGAUGCAAAACCAGGAUGCUCAUCUUCCGGGGCACGCUCCCGGGCAAGUCAUGUGACACAUGCCCCUAAAAAGUGCCUCCCUUGUUUCAUUUUUCCUUCUCUUUUGAAGAGCCCUGGACUGUUAAUCCAAAUGCCAGGCAGUGGCCCUUUAUGACCACCAUCAGGCCACACACCCUGUAGAUGACCCAGUGUGACUUUGUCACAAGGCACAUUCCAGUCAGGUAACCUAUUACUGGUGAACCAGCCAUACGUAUGUCUUCAAGUUCAGCGAGGCUCUCAUGGGGCGUCUCAUCUUGCAGCACCACUGUUAGCAGGCCUCACAGGGGCCUUUCCAACCCACUGGGAUGGGCAGUAAGAGGUAUUGCGCAGGUAUUCUGUGUACAGCCACGGAAAGUGCCUUCUGCACUACACUUUAAAGGUUUGCUGCAAUGUGCUUGGCUCUCUUCAAGUGUAAUGAUAGGCCUGGAAAGACCCACUACUAUGCUGUAGUAGCCUAGCUGCAAUGGAGCUAAGAUCAAAGGUAUGUCAGCAGACACACACCCCAGGCUACCUCUUCAAAGUGGAUCAACGCUGCAGUUCUUGGAGUGACAAUCCACCCAAUAAUCCAAGGACACAAUGGCAAAUAGUACUUUACAACAUAGAUGGAUCAUAUUCUAAUCUCAUACUCUUUCAUCCCAGCAGGACAAAGCAGAUGCUGUACACCAGGCAAAUGGCCAGAAUGAGCCACUGAAAGCUGCCUUAGAAAGCCACAAGAAAGACAAACCAGAGCAACCGGGACACACCAAGCAGUCUUUUGCCUUCGACAACACCUCUUUGGACACCAGUGAUCUCUGA